AUGCCUCUCAGGCCAAAGCCCCUCGACACCCGGGUGGACAGGGAUAGCGCAUUGCUGUCCCCUAACGGAUACGACGAAGAUGCAAGUUCGCUGCAAAGCAGAAGCGACCAGGACACGGACAGCGAAGAUGACGAGCUCGUCGCCCGCGCGCGCAAUAGUAGAGAGCUCCGGGCUCGCGACCGUCUCGUUUUGAUGCAGGAAGAAGAAAUGGACGAGCUGGUCACUGCAAGCCGCGCGAAACACGAUGGCCUCCAGCGACGGGGCAGCAACCUGGCCAUACCGAAUCCGCUGCAAAUGUUCAAAGUCCCAGGGCGCGAUCGCUCACGCAGUCCAAUGAACGGUUCUCAGACCUCGAUGGACGAUUUCCGCGAUGAAAAGAGAUCGGCGCGUCGGUCGCGGCGGAAACAAAAGAAGGAACGCCUGCUCGAGGAUGCGCAACACGGCGAGGACGGAGAGCUCAUGUACGAGAUGGAGUCGGGCGGUAUACGUGAAGGCAGCUCAACCGGCGAUAGCAGCGACCGAGAGGAUAGCGAGGAACAUGACCGCCGGAAUCUCCGAUACCACUCUGACAAAAAAGCCGAAAAGAGGAGGAGAUGGAAGAAGUGGCUGUUCAUACACACCAUUCUCAUCGUGGGAUUUGCAUUUCUGUCACUUGUGGCAUGGAAGCUGUCCGUGGACAAGAAGAGGGCAUUACCUCCACUGGUCAGCAAUGGAACGGCCCUUUUUGCGCCGACGACUCUCAUUGUCAGUCUCGAUGGCUUCCGCGCCGACUUUUUGCAGCGCGGACUCACGCCCAGAUUGAGCGCAUUCAUAAAGGAGGGUGUCAGUCCGCCGUACAUGAAUCCCUCAUUCCCCUCUGUCACAUUUCCUAACCACUAUACACUUGCGACGGGCCUGUAUCCUGAGAGCCACGGCGUUGUCGGCAACACAUUCUGGGAUCCAGAACUCCAAGCCGAGUUCUACUACACGGACCCUUCGCGGAGCAUGGACCCCAAGUGGUGGAAGGGAGAACCAUUCUGGGUAACAGCCGAAGAACAGGGGCUGCGAACUGCCGUCCACAUGUGGCCUGGCAGUGAAGCCCACAUCAUGAGUGUUGAGCCCACUAUACUCGAUCACUACAAUGGGAAAGAGUCUCUGGACAACAAAGCUGCCAGGAUUCUCGAGUUCUUGGACAGGCCGGGAAUGGAAGAUCCCAGUGCCAGUGUUGAGAACAUGCGACCGCAGCUUAUUGCGGCAUAUGUUCCAAACGUCGAUGCCGACGGUCACAAAUAUGGACCCAACAGCACCGAGAUUCGAACCACCAUCACUCAGGUUGACAAUAUGCUGGAUCAAGUCUUUGUUGGUCUUGAAAAGCGAAAUUUGACCAAUAUCGUCAACGUUAUCAUUGUAUCAGAUCACGGCAUGGCCACGACGGACAUCUCUCGGAUGAUUCAGAUGGACGAUCUUAUCGAUAUGACCAAGGUCGAUCACGUAGACGGCUGGCCACUUGUUGGCGUGCGGCCGAAAGAAGCGUCCUAUCUGCAAGAACUGUAUGAACAGGCAGUCGAAAAGGGAAAGACAAACCCCAAUUUUGAGGUUUAUCUAAAGGACAAGGACAUGCCGGAACGCUAUCAUUUCUCUCAGAAUGACCGCAUUGCUCCUCUUUGGAUUAUCCCCAAAACAGGCUGGGCCAUCGUCUCCAAAGAAGAGUUUGAUCUCGAAGAAGCCAAAACCAAGGGUCUAGUCUAUCAUCCCCGUGGUCUCCAUGGUUAUGAUCAUGAACACCCUUUAAUGAGAGCCAUAUUCAUUGCUCGUGGCCCUGCUUUCCCGCAUGAGCCGAAUAGCAGGGUCGAACCUUUCCAGAACAUCGAGGUAUAUAACAUUCUAUGCGACUCGGUUGGCAUGAAACCCAUUCCAAACAAUGGAACACUUCGCCUGCCAUUAAAGACUGUCGGCUUCCACGAGCCCGAGACGGCCCUGACAGAGCCGGAAGACCCAGAAACGACAAAUGUUGCGACAGAAGAGAGCGUGCCUAUUUCCACUUCACCUGUGGCAACAAGCGCUGCUACCGAGUCGAUUGAGCAGCCAACAGCGACUGUUGGUGUUGAUCCCGUAGAACCUCCUCAAGAGACCGAACCGCCAACAACGGACAAUUCAAGCGACGAUGGGGACGAGCCAAAAGAGUUCCAAUCUUGGCAAGACUAUUGGGAUUGGCUGACUGGCAAAGUUGAUGAUCUGUGGAACAAACUCACCGGCUCCGCAGAUGGCGAUGAGUCCAGUUGA